GGAAAGUUCUAAACCCCUGCGCACGCUCUCUGGGGCGCGUAACGUCCGGGCUCCGCCCUCUUCUGACCACGCCCCUUUCCGUCCGUCUUGUCAAUCAUCCACUUCUUCCCUCGGGCAACCCCGCAACAGCUCUCUCAUUGGCUAGUCUGGAGAGCGGGCGCCGAGGAAGGUCGGUGACGAUAGGCUGGGAGCCGGUCCCGCCUACCGGCCGUUUGCGCGGGCGGCAAUUGGCUGACGGCUCCGUCCAAUCGGCGGUAGGCUGUCGGAUUCAAACCGGGAUCGUUGGGCCCGCGGUCGGUUGGUCGCAGUCGAGUCGUUGCCCGGGGACAGGCGGUCGUGCGGCCCGACGCUCCGCCCGCCCGCAGCAUGGCCCACAAGCAGAUCUACUACUCGGACAAGUACUUCGACGAGCACUACGAGUACCGGCAUGUCAUGUUACCCAGAGAACUUUCCAAACAAGUCCCGAAAACCCAUCUGAUGUCGGAAGAGGAGUGGAGGAGACUUGGUGUCCAACAGAGUCUAGGCUGGGUUCACUACAUGAUUCAUGAGCCAGAACCACAUAUUCUUCUCUUUCGACGACCUCUUCCAAAAGAGCAACAAAAAUGAAGUCUACCUGGGGAUUGUCAAUGAAGUCUUUUUCAAAUUUAAUGUAUAUGUGUAUAUAAGGGUAGUAUUCAGUGAAUACUUGAAAAAUGUACAAAUUGUUGAUCCAUACCUGUGCAUGAGCUGUAUUCUUCACAGCAACAGAGCUCAGUUAAAUGCAACGGCAAGUAGGUUACUAGAAGGUGUUUAAGAUAAAAUUUGUAGUUGGUUUUUCUCUUUAAUGUAAGUGCCUGUUUGACUUGACCUGUUACUUUUGUUAAAUAAAGUUUGUAUGUUGCAUUUAUCAUUGAA